CUCAUUUAGGCAUCAGGGACAAUCCAAGCUCGGGGAAGCCUACCGCUGGUCGUUAUGUUCCUCCCCACAUGAGAAAUAAAUCUGACAGAACAACUUCGACCAUUAACGAAAUCCCAUCUCAGCCACAACAACAGUUUUCAAUUGAUAAUGAUAACUCACAGCCAAUCUCACAGUAUAAUAAUGAACCCGAAGAGCAAGUUACACCCCUCCAAACUCGUCGUCCAAACGGGUGGCAACAUCAACGAAAUGAAAGUGCUGCACCUGCAGUUAACUGGAAUAGUCGUAAUUCAUUCCCUAGACCAGAUGCUUGGAGGGGAGGUAGCCAAAGUGAAAUAGGUUACUCUACCUCACAACGCAAUGGCUGGAGUGAUCGAGCGUCAUCUCAGGGAGAUCGCUAUGCCGGUUAUCGUAAUAAUCGUUUUAGUAAUUAUGUUGGUAAUCGUACAGGAGGUCCUGAAGAAUUUAGUAAUCGUCGUGGUGAAGAUGGAUAUGGUUCUUGGAGAGAUGGUGUACAUACAAUUGCUCCAAAGAAUCAACGUAUAGAGAGGGACCUCUUUGGCUCACCUGAUGACCCUGAUCGCCAACAUACUGGUAUCAAUUUUGAAAAAUAUGACGAUAUUCCAGUUGAAGCCAGUGGUAAUGAUGUUCCAGAAGGAGUUUCAAAU